AUGCGCUAUUCACCAACCCUCUUGUCAGGCCUGCUCAGCCUUGCGCCAAGCGCACUGGCCGUGACCAACAUCUGGCUGGCUGGAGACAGCACGAUGGCUCCAGGUGGCGGCGGUACUGGUACUGAAGGUUGGGGCCAGUAUCUCAAGUACUCGUUCGAAUCGUCCGAGUAUGUUGUGAACAACGAGGCAAUAGCAGGACGGUCAGCCCGUUCUUACUGGAGAGAGGGGCGCUUCCAGGCGAUAGCCGAUGAGCUCUCGUCAGGAGAUUGGGUUGUGAUCGAGCUUGGUCACAAUGACGGCGGCAGCCUUUCUGACGACGACGGCCUCACCGACUGCCCCGGCUCAGGAGCCCAAAUAUGCUAUUCGGAAUACGACGGCGUCAACGAGACCAUCUACACAUACCCAGCAUAUCUCGAGAUGGCUUCUAAGUUGUACCUCGCCAAGGGCGCAAAGGUGAUCAUCAGCUCUCCAACACCAGACAACCCAUGGGAGACGGGCACUUUCACCUGGGUUCCCAAUCGCUUUGAGUAUGCCACUCAAGUUCUGGGUGGGCCGUCUGCCGGCGUCUACUUUGUCUCUCACGGUGACUAUGCUGCCCAGCUCGAGAAGAACCUGGGCGCCACUGUUACUGAUGAGAAUUUCCCGCUCGACCACACCCAUACCGCGCCCUAUCUGGCCAAUCUCGUGGCUGGCGCCUUUGUACUGGGCCUCAAGUGUGGUACAAGUGCCCUAGGUGCGGCAGCGAUCAAUUCCACAGCCUCGCUAGAGGCAACGGACUUGGGAGAUUGUAUCUCGUGGAACAGCACCAUCUCGGCUCUGAUCUAA